AUGAUUGAUGCUACUGACGAAAGUCCGCGCGACGAACACCUCGAGGCUGUUCUCGAAACGCUGCUUCUCCUACGCCACAAGCCAGGGCUACACCUCCUCGUGACAAGUCGAGAUGAGACCGAUAUUCGAGAAACGCUAAACCCUUCCUUGAAACAACAUGUCACGAUGAAAAACCUUUCGGUGGACGAGGAUAUCGCUUGUUAUGUAUCAGAACAUCUUCGCAAGACUGCCCGCUCGUUGAAGUGGUCCACGAAAUUUGCCCGUAUCGAGACCGCACUGACGAAGCGCGCAAAGGGGGUAUUCAGAUGGGUUGAGUGCCAGUUCAAAGCACUUGCCAGUUGUUCCGUGAGCCCUCACAACUUGAGCAAACUGCUCGAGUCUCUGCCCAAGACAUUGGACGAAACAUACGAGCGAAUGCUCCUUGGCAUCCCGGAGCAUGCUCAAGAGUGCUCUCAGCGGAUAUUGACGGCUCUCUGCUGUGCCAAACGGUCCUCAACAGUGCCCGAAGUCAUCGAGUGCGCGGCGGUUGAACUGGAGCCUGAGCCGGCGUUGAAUCCAGACCGUCGGCUUGAAAAGGCAAAAGCCAUCGAGGAAGCCUGCCCUGGUUUGGUGGAGAUCUACACGGCACCGUUCAAGAUGUUGGAUUCGCGAACCUAUGAGUAUCUCGAGUCCGAACGGAUAUUGCACCAGAAGCCCGUGUCGCAAUUUCACACCGGAGGCCACGGCGGCCAAGUCGAGAUGCUGAACAUCUGCCUGGCCGUUUUGAAUGCUGAGUAUAAAAGGCUCUUGGAUUUUACUAGCCUCUUACAUGACGCCGAUGGACCGCUGGUUGAAUACGCACAGUCACACUGGUACCUGCACUUUACAGAAGGCAAAGAAACGCCGGCGUUGAUAGAUCGAGUACUACGACUUUGCCAAGACUCGUCGUCUCUUCGCGUCUUGACAUUCGAAUGCCUUCGCUUCGAUCGCGGUUUCAAUCAAUGUUAUUUGGAAGAAGACAAUCUUGAAGCACUAGAGUUUGAUAUGGAUAACUUCGGACGCCUGGAGCUUGCAGGAGGCACCCUAAUCGAGGACAAGACCUGUGUCUACUUAAUGACUAUGCUUGGGUUUCACUCAACUGUUUCAGGCAUGACCCCAUUGCAGCAGGCAUCCUCAGAUGGGCAUGAGGAAAUAGUACGACUUCUGCUGGAAGAUGGCGCUGGGAUCAACUUAUCUGGGAAGCACGGCAACGCGUUAUCAGCAGCGGCCAAGAAUCGUCAUAUGGGCACCGUCCAGCUCCUUGUGGACCACAACGCCGAUGUCAAUGCAGGAGGAGAGAGAUUUGCCUCGGCUCUGUCUGCGGCGGCCUGGGGUGGGAAUAUGGACAUAGUCCAGCAUCUCCUCGAUCAUGAUGCUGAUGUUAACGCCACUGGUAAAAGCCUGGCUUCACCACUAGUCAGUGCAGUGACAAAGGGUCACGCGGAGGUCGUUCAACUUUUGCUAGACUCCGGCGCUGAUGUGACGGCACUGAACUCGGCUGGCUGUGCACUAAUGGCGGCUGCGCAGCAUAGUCGCAUAUUGAUUGCACAGCUUCUCCUCGAACAAGGAGCCAACGUGCAGUGUCGACAUCGCGGUCUGGAGGACACAUUUCAUCUGAUCCCAUUGGUCAUUGCGAGUGGCAAAGGAGAUUUGGAGGCCAUGAAGCUUUUGCUCGAACACGGUGCUGACCUCAAUGCCAUAAGGUAUCACCAACAUUCAACCCGUCAAUCCAUAUUCAUAAGCACUCCACUAUUAUCUGCACUCGAACGCGGAAAUGUAGAAGCUGCGCGACUUCUCCUCGAGCACGCCAACCUAAAAGCGCAAGGUCGUCCCUGGACGAGGACUGAUUCUCGGCCUCUCCUGCACCUAGGCGAUCAGAUGCAAACACAACGAUACCGAAAUGGUAGAGCUUCUCCUAGACUACGGCGCGAAUCCUCGCGGAAAGGAUGCGGCGCAGCGUCUGGCUCGUUACCUCCGCAAGACGAAACUAGCCCAUUGAUUCAAGAACAUAUGACGAAGUUUUCGGAGGAAGGGUGCUUAGCAAAGUCUGCCAAGAAGAACAGUAGCAAGGAAGGGAGCAUUGAUAAGACCUGCGAGUAG